GAACUAUUUCAUCAAUUGAAAAAAUAUAACCAACUGUGAAAACAACAUAACAACAACAAAAUGAAGAAGUUUUUGAUUAUAACUUUUGUGCUAUGCAGUUUAACUGCUAAUGCAUUCGAACACAAUAAGCUCGAAUUGCAGGAUGACGAUCUUGAAGAAAUGAAAUUCGAAGAGAUUGGCGAAUUUGGCGGAGAGCAACCUGAACCACGAAGACAUCACGGUGGUGAACAACCCGAGCCUCGAAGACAUCAUGGUGGAGAGCAACCUGAACCUCGAAAGCAUCACGGUGGUGAACAACCUGAACCUCGAAGACAUCACGGUGGUGAACAACCUGAACCUCGAAAGCAUCACGGUGGUGAACAACCUGAACCUCGAAGACAUCACGGUGGUGAACAACCUGAACCACGAAAGCAUCACGGUGGUGAACAACCUGAACCACGAAAGCAUCACGGUGGUGAACAACCUGAACCACGAAAGCAUCACGGUGGAGAGCAACCAGAGCCUCGAAGACAUCACGGUGGGGAACAACCUGAACCACGAAGACAUCACGGUGGAGAGCGACCUGAACCACGAAAGCAUCACGGUGGUGAACAACCCGAGCCUCGAAGACAUCAUGGUGGAGAGCAACCUGAACCACGAAAGCAUCACGGUGGUGAACAACCUGAACCUCGAAGACAUCACGGUGGUGAACAACCUGAACCACGAAAGCAUCACGGUGGUGAACAACCUGAACCACGAAAGCAUCACGGUGGAGAGCAACCAGAGCCUCGCAGACAUCACGGUGAGGAACAACCUGAACCACGAAGACAUCACGGUGGAGAGAAACCUGAACCUCGAAAACAUCACGGUGGAGAGCAACCAGAGCCUCGAAAGCAUCACGGUGGUGAACAACCUGAACCACGAAAGCAUCACGGUGGUGAACAACCUGAACCACGAAAGCAUCACGGUGGAGAGCAACCAGAGCCUCGAAGACAUCACGGUGGGGAACAACCUGAACCACGAAGACAUCACGUUGGAGAGAAACCUGAACCUCGAAAACAUCACGGUGGGGAACAACCAGAACCACGAAGACAUCAUGGUGGAGAGCGACCUGAACCACGAAAGCAUCACGGUGGGGAACAACCUGAGCCUCGAAGACAUCACGGUGGUGAACAACCAGAGCCUCGAAGACAGCAUGGUGGAGAGCAACCUGAACCUCGAAAGCAUCACGGUGGAGAGCAACCAGAGCCUCGAAGACAUCACGGUGGGGAACAACCAGAACCACGAAGACAUCAUGGUGGAGAGCAACCUGAACCUCGAAAGCAUCACGGUGGAGAGCAACCAGAGCCUCGAAGACAUCACGGUGGUGAACAACCAGAGCCUCGAAGACAGCAUGGUGGAGAGCAACCUGAACCUCGAAAGCAUCACGGUGGAGAGCAACCAGAGCCUCGAAGACAUCACGGUGGUGAACAACCAGAGCCUCGAAGACAUCAUGGUGGAGAGCAACCUGAACCACGAAAGCAUCACGGUGGUGAACAACCUGAACCUCGAAAGCAUCACGGUGGCGAACAACCUGAACCACGAAGACAACACGGUGGUGAACAACCAGAGCCUCGAAGACAUCAUGGUGGAGAGCAACCUGAACCUCGAAAGCAUCACGGUGGUGAACAACCUCAACCUCGAAAGCAUCACGGUGGUGAACAACCUGAACCACGAAGACAACACGGUGGUGAACAACCAGAGCCUCGAAGACAACACGGUGGUGAACAACCAGAGCCUCGAAGACAUCACGGUGGUGAACAACCUGAACCACGAAAGCAUCACGGUGGAGAGCAACCAGAGCCUCGAAGACAUCACGGUGGUGAACAACCUGAACCACGAAGACAUCACGGUGGAGAGAAACCUGAACCUCGAAAACAUCACGGUGGAGAGCAACCAGAGCCUCGAAGACAUCAUGGUGGUGAACAACCAGAACCACGAAGACAUCAUGGUGGAGAGCGACCUGAACCACGAAAGCCACAACCACCUAAAGGACGUUUCGAAGCUGUCAUUGAUGAUAUUGCUUCUAAAGCUGACCGUGUUUUGCGGUUAGUCCGAAGUCUCUGAGUCACAGGAUAUUUCUUAAAACGUAUUAAUUUAAAAUCUAUAAACAUAAAAUAAAGUUCAAUAUUUUGCAUAUCUAAUUUGUAGGUGUUAAGUGUCAACUUAUAUCUAUUUUUAUUAAAACAAGUGAAUUUUGAGAAUA